AUGUACUCCUGGACAGGUCUGGAAAAUCGGAUGCAUACACAGCUGCCAGAGUGGAGACAGGAUGUAGUAGCUUCUGAGGAUGGUGAGGAGGAGGUUCGUCUACCCGUAAACGCCGAGAGCGCGCUAAGCAGACAAACGGUCGACCAUGCACACAAACCGACAUCGUCGAACACCCUCUCUUCCUAUCUAUCCCUCCACCUCCCUUCCAACCGACCAACGAUGCAUUUCCUACCCGCCCUCCUCCUCUCCCUCCUCGCCCUCACCACUACCACCCUCGCCGCCACCACCACCACCACCACCACCACCACCACCACCACCACAUCCCUCUCCCCACCCCUCCACACCGCAACCCUCCACGCCCUCCCCGUCGCCCCGACCCCCUCCAAACCCCACCCCCUAGCCAUCCUCACCUACUCACCUCACCACCCGCACCUCUCGACCCUCGAAUCAUUCACGCCGCCCGCAAACACCUCGGACCCCGACGCCCUCACCAGCGUGCUCCUGUACCUCGACGGCCACGUCGGAGGGGAGAGGUACAGAAGCAGCGUCACGGCGACGUACGGUUUCCACGCGCCGUACCGAGGGCGCUUUAGGCUGGUGCUCGAUUCGAAGGGGGAGGCCGUGGGGGCGAGUUGGCAUUCUUGUUUGUCGAAGAGCGCGCCGGCGGCGGGGAAGGGGAAGGGGAAGGGGAAGGGCGAGAGUGGGGGGAUUGCGAGGGGGGAUUUCGAUGUCCUGACUACGAAGCCGGCGCCGAGGGUGGUGUAUUGGUGGGUGCUGCUUGGAGUAGCUGUACUGGCUAUGACGGGAGGUGGGGACAAGUGA